AUGGACGCCAUCCAGAAGGAGCAUGAUAAGAUUUGGAACAUCAGUAAACAGAACAAGACGAUCGGACAUGUUGACGACAUUAUCAAGGCGCUUCAGAAGGCGCGUGAUACUAUCGGCAAUGACCCAAGUUCGAGAGCCAUGACUCUGGCCACGCUUCAGAAUCCAGUCAAGGCGUCCUUCGAUGGCAUGUUUUCCAACCUCAAAGAUGCACAUGGUGGGCAUAAUAAAUACACAAGAGCAUUGGACAAGGUGUUCAAAGAGAAAGUCCCUAGCAACGAAAUUGAUGCUCUAUCCUCUCAAUCGACCCUGAUCAACCGUUCGAUUUACCUACACCUGCUCCGAGAAGGUCUGUUUGAUGUCGCCGCAACUCUACACGAGGAAGCGACGGCACGCCAAACCAUUCAACAAGAGGCUGCUAGAAACCUGGGGUUGGAUGUCCCCAUGGAUCACCCACUUGGCCUCGACAAGACCUCGGAAGAAAAUAUGCACUGGCAGGAACAGUUCUCCAACAUGUAUCACAUCCUGAAAGAGCUGGAGGAGAAUCGAAAUUUACAACCCGCUAUAGAAUGGGCAAGGGCGAACGCAUCAGAGCUGGAGGCUCGUGGCAGUAAUCUGGAGUUUGAAUUGUGCCGGUUACAAUUUGUGAGCUUGUUCCUGGAGCAGCGUGAGGGAGACACACAUGACUUUGCGGGCCCUCUGCGAGCUUUGGAAUAUGCGCAAGGCGACUUUCAAUCUUUUCGCGGGCGAUACUUGGUUGAGAUCCAACAGCUACUUGGAGCAAUUCCCUUCUACUCGAACCUGGAAGAAUCGCCGUACAACACGCGUUUCAAUAAUGUAACAAAUUGGAAGGAUGUCGCGAACUCAUUCACCAGAGAGUUUUGUUCAUUGUUGAAAUUGUCGGCAGACUCGCCUCUCUAUGUCGCCGCUACGGCUGGAGCCAUUGCUCUACCCACGCUGAUGAAGCUGCAGACCAUCCAGAAGCAGAAACGGACGGAAUGGACAUCGCAGGACGAAUUACCAGUCGAGACACCACUCCCUCCAAACUACAGAUUCCACUCUAUCUUUGUCUGCCCGGUAUCGAAGGAACAGACCACUGACCAAAACCCUCCGAUGAUGUUACCUUGUUGUCAUGUCAUCGCCCAAGAGUCGCUUCAAAGGCUAUCCAAAGGCGCCAAGUUCAAGUGUCCGUAUUGCCCAAUCGAAAGUCACCCCAAGGAUGCGAAAAGGGUGUUCUUGUGA